AUAGAAAUGAACUUGGCUUGAGUUGCCGUCGUGUGAGUGACAGCUAUGUCUGUAUGCUAUAGGCGUCAAGUGACAAGGUCUUACAACUAGAAAUAGUCUCUUGCUCAUGUUGUGUGUGGGAUCUUGGUUUAUAGCUACGAGGGGAUUUGUGCACUCAUGGAGACAAAACGUUAAAACUUGGGUAAUUUCGCAACGUAGCACCAGCUGUUUUUCACCUGCUUACAGUAGAUUUAGGCUACAAAGAUGUCUUUCAUAUUUGAUUGGCUGUACAGAGGAUUCAGCAGUGUGUUACAAUUAUUAGGACUCUAUAAAAAGUCUGGGAAAUUAGUUUUUCUUGGUUUAGACAAUGCCGGAAAAACAACAUUAUUGCACAUGCUUAAAGAUGAUCGACUUGGGCAGCAUGUUCCAACACUACACCCUACAUCUGAAGAACUGACUAUUGCUGGGAUGACUUUCACAACAUUUGACUUGGGUGGUCAUGCUCAAGCAAGAAGAGUUUGGAGGAAUUAUCUUCCAGCAAUAAAUGGGAUAGUGUAUCUUGUGGACUGUGCUGAUCAUGAACGCCUUCAAGAAGCCAAAACUGAGUUGGAUGCCCUUUUAACUGAUGAAACCAUCUCCAAUGUGCCAAUCCUUAUUUUGGGGAAUAAAAUCGACCGUCCAGAAGCAAUUAGUGAAGAUGUGCUGAGAGGAAUGUUUGGUCUUUAUGGACACACCACAGGAAAGGGGAAUGUAUCACUGAAAGAACUCAACCUGAGGCCAAUGGAAGUCUUUAUGUGCAGUGUGUUGAAGAGACAAGGAUAUGGAGAAGGUUUUAGAUGGCUUUCAGAGUAUAUUGAUUAACUUAUUUAAGGUUUAUUAAUUCAAACCCCAUGUAUUUUUAUUUAUUAAUUGAUUAUUUGUCUU